UUGAGCUUAGCUCGGAGUUCUGUAGUCAAAAUCCAAAGUUGCACAAACACAAAGUGGCAUGUUCCUUUUAACUAUUUAAAUGAUCUAAGUGAUGAGGAUCCAAUAACGAUAAUGUUAUCAGUUUGAUUAUUCACACAAAUGGUGACAAAUAUUGUUCAACCGAGAUGAUAGAAACGCUUCCUACUUUUGUCGAGCAUCCAUUGGUUCAUUUCCGGCAACGCUACGAAUGGGACUGUGGGCUGUCUUGCAUUAUUAUGUUAUUAGGUCGAAAAGAAAGAACCCGUUUUUUAGCUGAAUUUGACAAGAUAUGCCAAGCUGCAGAAUUUAAAAACAGUACAUGGACUAUCGAUUUGUGCUACAUACUCAAGGAUUUGAAUUUUAAACACAAAUACCUCACAACGACCUUCGGUGCGAAUCCGUUUCAUAUUGGGAAGGAGUAUUAUAGGUUUUUCGACAAGGAUGAAGCACGAGUUAAUCAGAAAUUUCAAGAUGCAGUAUUAAGUGACAUUCCAAUUGAAAUCACAUCUGUAGAUUAUCGAUAUCUGAUGGCACAUUUAGCGAACCAUGGCAAUAUUAUUAUAUUAACCAAUGCAUCGUUACUAUACUGUGAUCUCUGCAAAACUAAUAAACUGUCAAUGGAACUUAGAUCUUGCUUAGGAUUGAAGCCAGCAUAUAUGGGUCAUUAUAUAAUCCUUUGUGGAUACGAUCAAAGGAUUCGCAAGUUUAUGUACAGAAAUCCUGCAUUUAAAGACAAAAUAUGCUUUAUGCCAUUUGAAGCGGUGGAGCGAGCACGUAAAGUCAGUGGAACUGAUGAGGACAUAGUUCUUAUUUAUGAUAAAAAACUUAUGUGACUGCUGUAUAUAGUGACUUCUUUUAUUUACGAGAAUGUGAGAAUUCCAAAUCUUUCAAUGAACCAUCUAGACAAUGGUAAUGAUUAUCAAAUCGC